AAUCGAUCACACCACAAGUACGGAGGACAUUUAGCGGCCCCUCGCGCUUCUCCCGGACGCCAUCGUUGUCGUCGAGGUCGAGGUAACGACGAUGACCUUGUGCAGGCCGAGACCUGCGUGUGGGCUGCAGCCUUGAAGACGGGGUGGAAGCCGCCCUCACCGAUGAAGUUGGGGAACUGGGAGUGGACAAGUUCUUCAUGACGAACUUUGGGCUCAUCUAGGCUGAAGGCGUGCGUGCGUGCAGGCUUAUCGCCGCCAGCGUCCGCGAUAGGUUCAUCAUGGUGCGCCGCCUCUCCAAAAGCGAAAACCUGAUAAGACUCCCCAUUCUCCACACCGGCACACCCCCACCUCUCCCGCCGCCGCGCGCUCAGAUGCCAGUCCCCCGUCAGAUUUUCCGUCUCCUCCGGCGGCCUGGCGUCGCCGUCUCUCAUGACCCACCGUGCCGCCUCUCCUCUACCUCGCGACCUCUCCUCUCUUUCAUGGCCUCCGCCCCGCCUUGCUGGUCGCCACCACCGCUUGCACGCCGACCUUUCCCUCUCAUGAUGGUUCCAGAUCUACCCGUCCGUCGUGUUUCCCGAUUUCCACCUGGAUCUCGGAGCAUGACUAGUGGGACAACCUUGCAAGAUAUGAAUACUAUAGCCGGCAAACAUGAUGCAUCUUCGAAUAUUGUGGACAUCUCUGGUUGUGAUGAAAACGGAAGGAGUGCAACCAAUAGAAGGAGCGCAUUGGUAGCAAGCGAUGGCGAAGAAGAUGAUGUACUUGACCUGGGAGUUCUUCCAAAAAGCAGACACCGUGAUGGUUCUUUAUACAGGAACACUCAUUCGUGGAAAAGGUUUUAUAAUGUUGAUGACCGUAGUGAGACUCGGCUACCAGAUCCCACAGAUUGCGACAUCAGCAAUGGAGAAUGCAUUCGGCAUCAACCUAAUCGCGUGUUACAAAUUUUCUCAUUAAAGUUGGCUGAACUUGUGGAUCUUGGCCCAGUAGAGUUGUAUGGAUACAUAGCAGUGCGGGAUGGUCUGGAUACAUUGCGUAAUUAUGUUGUCAAUAUAAGCAGGGAUGAUCCCAUCAUUGUGAAGCAGGGUUCUCUCAUCGGCAUGGCUGGCCCUAAGCGAGAGAUAGAUUUGAUUUCCACUAUUCUAGUGGAAUAUGACAUGCGGAUCAAGGUAGGUGAGGAAGAAAGGGAUGAUUACCAGCUGAUUGAUGGUGUAACAGACAUAGACGACCAGGACCUAAGGAAUUGUGCAUUGAAAUGUCGCAUCCAAGGCGACUGUGGUGCGGUUGACUUAACCAUAGCACGUGUUGAUAACGCAGUCAUGGCGAAUAUUGAAGUUGCUGUGUCAGAAGUGCAGAGCAGUUUUGAUCUGCGCUUGCGUUGUUUUAUCGGUGGUUAUAACGAAGGAAUUCGGCUCUUCAAGGGUACAAUUGGUGAGUCACGUCAUUUAAAGAGGUCUGUGGUUGCUGUAAAGAAUGGUUCCACUCUGGUUUUGAAGUUCAAGGUGGCCUCGAAGUCAUCCGAUUCAGUGGAGGACUGUUGUCCCUUCAUGGCAGGCACGCAUGGACUUGAUACUCGACAGAUAAAGACUGGUUUUGGGUUGAUCUCAGUGAAGGUGACUUGGUCGACUCUCCCGUAGGCUUAUUGCAGGGCUUGAAUAAAGUUUGUCGAAAAGUGGUGUCUAAGGAAUGGGCCAAGACCCGGUCAACAGUCUAGAGUGAAUCGAUCGUGGACACUGUUGAACUAUUUAGAGUAUCUUUACAUGUUUCUGGUUAACAUGUUUCAGUACUAUUACCUGACAAUCCUAUCCAUUUGGAGUACACUGGUUUUGGUAUCUGUACAUAGUGUUGUUCGUUCUCAGUAA